GGUGUCCUCUCACCCUUUAUCCUGAUGUCCCCCCGUCCUUUAUCCUCAUGCCUUUGGCUCACCGCCCUCUGCUGCCCCAUGACUUUGAGUGUGACGGCCCUGAGCUCCUCGUUCCCACCCCAUCCCCACAUCCAGGAUGCAGCCACGGCUCUCCGUGGCGCCGCUCACCCGAUCUCUGGGACUGACCCGUGUAUCAGAUCGGGUUCCCAGCCCCGCGAUCACCUUACGGGCUGCCCAUCCAUAAUUCAGCAGCAGCAGCACGAUGCGGCGGGCGGGCAGGCGCAGCAGGCAGGCCCAGGAGGAAUGCCCCAUGGAGAACGGCGUGGGGCAGGAGCCGGGGGUCCCCGAGCCGCCCCCCACCGAGGGCACCUCGGCCCCACGGCCGCCCCGCGCCCGCCCUCGCCUGGUGUUCCGCACUCAGCUGGCCCACGGCAGCCCCACGGGGCGCAUCGAGGGCUUCACCAACGUCAAGGAGCUCUACGGGAAGAUCGCCGAGGUGUUCAGCAUCUCUCCCACCGAGAUCCUCUUUUGCACGCUCAACACGCACAAAGUGGACAUGCAGAAGCUGCUGGGGGGGCAGAUCGGGCUGGAGGAUUUCAUCUUUGCCCACGUCCGUGGUGAAACGAAGGAGGUGGAGGUGACCAAGACUGAGGAUGCGCUGGGGCUCACCAUCACCGACAACGGCGCUGGUUACGCCUUCAUCAAGCGAAUCAAGGAGGGGAGCAUCAUCAACCGCAUCCAGACGGUGUGUGUGGGCGACAGCAUCGAGGCCAUCAAUGACCACACCAUCGUGGGCUGCCGGCACUACGAGGUGGCCCGCAUGCUGCGCGAGCUGCCCCGCGCUCAGCCCUUCACCCUGCGCCUGGUGCAGCCCAAAAAGGCUUUCGACAUGAUCGGGCAGAGGACGCGGAGCAGCAGCAAGUGCCCAGCUGAAGGCCGAGUGUCCAGUGGCAAGGAGACACUGCGACUGCGUGCACAGGGCCCGGCCACGCUGCAGGAGGGGCCCAGCGCCGUGGAGGAAGAGGCCGCCCGCCGCGUGGACGACCUGCUGGAGAGCUACAUGGGCAUCCGCGACUGCGAGCUGGGUGGGUGCUGCUCCGUGCCCCCCCCAACCCUACGCCCACCUCCCCCCCUGACCCCGUUCCUCCUGCAGCUGCGACCAUGGUGGAGAUGGCCAAGUGCAGCCCCACUGCCGCCGCGCUCGCCUGCGCCCUCGACUCAGUGCUGGGAGAGUUUGCCUUCCCCCAGGAGUUCGUGGCUGAGGUGUGGGCGGCCGUUUGCAGCCCCCCGGGUGGGCAGGAGUAGCUGGGGGGCAGCCAGGGGGCAGCCAGGUCCCCCCCCUCCAUGUUUCCCAGCUGGGGGUGGCGGUGCUGCUGGAAGUCCCACCUGUCACCCCUUGCACACACAGACUGGAGGUGUGGGGCUGCUGUGGGGGCCCGUGCACCCCACGUCCCAUGGGGCACGCAGUGCUGCACAAGCUGUGCUUUAUUGGCAGCUCACAGAGCAGGAUGGGGAGAGGGGAGAAGGAACACCUCCAUGCCUUCCCCAUUGGGUGCCCCAUCCCCUCCCACUGCGCUCAGCUCCUGCAGCUGCAAGGUGAAAAAUAACAACAAUAAUAAUAAUAAUAAAAAAAAAACAAAACAGAACAAAACCUCCAUAAUUAACGGAGGAGGGGGUCCCCACUA